AAGGAAGAGAACACACAGCGAAUAUGAGGUAGCCUAGACAGUUCAUGAAUGUGCCCACGUUCAGGUUGAAACGUCAGGGAACUGUGUGUCCGUGGGGGCGGAGCCAGGUGUUAGGGGAGGAGCCAGGUGUUAGGGGCGGAGCCAAAUGUAAGGGGAUUAGAGGAGAGAAUGUCUUGCUCACGAAACAAAACUUAACAUUCAUAGAAACCAAAACCAACCGACGUGGAAGCAGUUCUCUCUUUCAGGAGUAAAAUAAAACGCAGUUUGGAACAAAUUGUCUGACAGACAGAAAACAUAACAAGGAAUGGCCUCUGCUAACACUUCCUGGUCUGAGGAGGACUUUUCAUGUUCCAUCUGUCUGGAUGUGUUCAGCAGCCCGGUUACCACACCGUGUGGACACAACUUCUGCAGAACCUGUAUUACAAAGUUCUGGGAUGACAUAGUCAAGUACAAAUGUCCUGUUUGCAACAAGAUUUUCGACACAAAACCUGAUCCACAGGUCAAUACCCUCUUAUCAGAGCUGGCUGUUCAGUUUAGAACAACCGUACGAGUUAAAGAGCAGCCUUGUUUUGAAACGGCAGAAGUUCCCUGUGACGUCUGUACUGGGACCCAGCAGAAGGCUGUGAAGUCCUGCCUAGUGUGUUUCACCUCUUACUGCCAAACCCACCUGGAGCCACAUCAGAGAGUCGCUCGCCUGCAGAAACAUCGGCUGGUCGAGCCUAUGGACCGUCUGGAAGACGGGAUGUGUAAGAAACACAACCGACUUCUGGAGCUCUUCUGCCAGACUGAACAGGUGUGUGUGUGUCUGUUGUGCACAGAGACAGACCACAAGUCCCAUCCUGUUGUACCUCUGAAGGAGGAAUAUGAAGUGAAGACGGCCCAGCCGGGGAAGAUAGAGGCUGAAGUUCCACAGAUGAUCCAGGAGAGGAAACAAAAGAUUAAGGAGAUCAAAGACAGAGUAGAACUGAGCAACAAAGUUGCAGACAGAGAGAUAGCCAUUGGUGGGCAGGUCUUCACUGCUCUGAUAGGCUGUGUUGAAAAGUGCCGCGAUGAAUUCAACCAAACGGUUCAAGAGGAACUGAAAUCCACAGAGAAACAAGCUGAAGACCUCAUCAAAGAGCUGGAGCAGGAAAUAGAAGAUCUGACCAAUAGAUGCUCAGAGGUGAAGCAGCUCUCACACACUAAAGACCACCUCCACUUCCUCCAGACCUUCAGAUCCCUGAAGGAUCCUCCACCCACCAGGGCCUGGACCACGGUGGAGGUCCGUCCUCCGUCAUACGUAGGGACCUUGAAGAGAUCCCUGGAUCAGCUGGAGGAGACACUGAACAUGGAGAUGAAGAAGCUGCAUGAUGCUGAACUGAAGAGGGUCCAGCAGUAUGAAGUAGAUGUGUCUCUGGAUCCUGAUACAGCUGCUCCUGGUCUCAUCCUGUCUGAGGAUGGGAAACAAGUACACGAUGGAGGUGUGAGGAAGGUACUCCCAGACAACCCUAAGAGAUUUACAAAUAUUGCAUUUGUCCUCACGAGGCAGAGCUUCUCCUCAGGGAGAUUUUACUUUGAGGUCCAGGUUAAAGACAAGACUUAUUGGUGGUUAGGAGUGGUCAGAGAGUCCAUCGACAGAAGAGGUGGGACCACGAGGACCCCUGAGACGGGUUACUGGACUCUUCUCUACAACAAGGAUGUAUUGGUAUUUAAUGAUAACCCUCCUGUCCGUCUCCCUCUGAGAGCUGAGCUCCAGAAGGUGGGGGUGUUUGUUGAUUAUGAUGAGGGUGUGGUCUCCUUCUAUGAUGUGGAAGCCAGGGUUCAUAUCUACUCUGCUACUGGCUGCACCUUCAGUGAGCCUCUCUAUCCAUUCCUCUACCCAGGUCCCCGUGAUUAUGGAGGUAACAACUCUGCCCCCCUGAUCAUCUCACCUGUCAAUCAAACAGACUAGGACCUUUGUUUGAUAAUAAAACAAAGAAACAACCAAAACAACUAAUGUUGUUUACUGAAUUAGAAUCUCUACUAUGUGAGGUCUGAGAGAACUGCAUUAAUGUUGUACUGCUGACAUUUAACGAGGAGAUGUUCUUUAAGAAUCUAUCCCCAGUUUUUGAAUACAACCCAUUGUAAAUGGUUAGAUACAAACGUAUCUUAUUCAUGAUUUCUCCUGAUUUUUUAAUACGUUUAAUGCUAUAACAUAGUAAACAGUUGCAGUCGUGUAGAAUAUUUUAGGAUGAUUAAUUUGUAUAAUAAUCCCCUUUUUCUUAAAAUGUCAAUUGGUUUAACACCUGAACACUUUUCUCAUUUAUUUUUAUUAAAAUGAAAAGGAUAAAAAUGUUAUGUGUGGGCCUACCUUAUAAUUUUAAUUGAUCAUUUCACUGGAAUAGAUACAUUCAAAUCUAAUAGAGUUUUGUAGAAAUACUUUCUCAGUGGGAGACAAAAAAAGUAUUAGUUUGUUGACAAAAAAUCUACAUUUUGAUCAUUUUGAGAUUGCUGGAAUGUUUGAAAUCACUGCAAAUUUGUAAACUUCUUUCAUUUUCUAAUAAUAAUAAUAAUAAUACA